UUGAAGAGAUCGAGUUCAAACAACAGUAAUUGUGACAAAAUUAAUGCAAAUAGUUCAGUAUACAUACAAUGUAUCAAUAUGGAAAUGAUUAUAGAUGACAAUUUGAGCAGCUUUUGCUGGGCUAACCGAAGCGCAGCUAGCUAUAGCUCUCGAAGGGUGUCUUGAAACUUGGAUCUCGAGGAUGUUCAAAUGACUGGAGAAGCAUAGCGCAUACUGAGUUGCAAAGGUCUAGGCAAGAUCACCAGAGGAAACACAGGGGUGCACAAUGUUUAGUGCAACUCAGAGUUCCAAGUCUGAGUUCCUGGACAAAGCCAGGCAGGCGCGUGAGGAGAGGAAGGGGUACAAAGAAAGGGACCGAGCAGCCACCCUAAUUCAAGCGCUGGUCAGGAGAUUCCUCUGUCGCUGCAGACUCCAGAAACAAAUAAGGAAAGAGGUUGAUGACUUUUUCCAAGAUGCCGGGACCACAAAAAGAAAUGCACUAUCCAUUUUUAAAAUUGCACGGAAGUUGUUAUUCAUUUUUUGCCAAGAUGAUAAGCUGAUGUUUGAGAAGCUUUGUCGCUCCAUUCUUGGCAGUAUGGAGGUUGAAAAUGAGCCCAAAGUUUGGUAUGUGUCAUUAGCCCUUUCUAAAGACCUCACCAUUCCUUGGAUCAAGCAGAUUAAAGAUGUUCUGUGGGUCUCCUGUCAGUUCCUGAAAAAAUUAAAGCCUGACAUCAUGCAGGACAAUAAGCUGGUGACUCUGUACCUCACCAUGCUGGUGACCUUCACAGACACAUCAACCUGGAAGAUAGUGAGAGGGAAAGGCGAGGCCCUCAGACCAGCGUUGACCCGGAUCUGUGAGAACAUCAUGGGGCAUCUCAAUCAAAAGGGAUUUUAUUCAAUACUGCAGAUUCUACUCACCAACGGAUUGGCACGCUCCAGGCCCUCUCUUACCAAGGGCACACUCACAGCAGUAUUCACGCUGGCAUUAAGACCUGUCAUUGCUGCUCACUUCUCUGACAACCUGCUGAGGUCUCUCCUCAUCCACAUCAUGUCUGUCCCAGCAGUCGUCUCCCACAUCUACACCAUCACCCCAGAGUGCAUGACCACCAUCCAGACCCACGACCUGUUGAGGAAGUUCAUCCUGUUCCUUAGCCGCGAGGAGCAGUGUGUCGACAUCUGUGUCUGCCUGGAGGGGAGCCACACACUGUGCUUACUGGGUAACCUGAUUCACCUGGGCUACCUCAACGAGAAAGUCCUGGAGGAGGAGGCCAACCACUUUGUGAAGGACCUGACGGACAUGCUGUCCUACUGCCAGAGAUACGUGUCCCAGAAGAAAUCUAACCUCACCCACUGGCACCCCGUCCUGGGCUGGUUCUCCCAAACCGUAGACUAUGGUCUGAAUGAGUCCAUGCCACUGGUCACCAAGCAGCUGCAGUACCUGUGGGGCAUGCCUGUGAUCCGGACGCUCUUCAGUGACGUCCUUAGCAAAAAGCUGGAGACCCAAGAGCCCACGCCUCCACCACAGCCACAGCCUACCACGUCGCAAAACAACCUGCCAGUCAAGAGUCUCUUCAAGCGGGCAUUUCAGAAGUCUGCCUCAGUGCGAAACAUCCUGAAGCCAGUUGGCGGGAGACGGGUGGACUCCGCUGAGGUUCAGAAAGUGUGCAGCAUCUGUGUACUGUACCAGACAGCCCUCACCACGCUCACCCAGAUACGACUGCAAAUCCUCACUGGCCUAACCUACCUGGACGACCUGCUGCCUAAGCUGUGGGCCUUCAUCUGCGAGCUAGGACCCCAAGGAGGGCUCAAGCUGUUCAUGGAGUGCCUGAACAACGACACAGAGGAGUCUAAGCAGCUGCUGGCCAUGCUCAUGCUGUUCUGCGACUGCUCCAGACACCUCAUCACGAUCCUGGAUGACAUUGAGGUUUACGAGGAGCAGAUCUCGUUUAAGACGGAAGAGCUCGUCACCAUCUCCUCGUUUCUCAACACGUUUGUUUACAAGAUGGUCUGGGACGGCAUCUUAGAGAAUGCUAAGGGAGAGAAGCUGGACCUGUUCCACAGCGUUCACGGCUGGCUGAUGGUGCUUUACGAGCGGGACUGCAGGAGGAGGUUCUCCCCUGAUGACAACUGGCUGCGCAAGGAUCUGAAGCCGAGCCUUUUGUUCCAAGAACUGGAGAAGGGCAAGAGGAGAGCUCAGCUGUUACUUCAGUACAUCCCACACGUCAUUCCACACAAAAACAGGGUCCUGCUGUUCCGGAACAUUGUCACCAAGGAGAAGGAAACCUUGGGAUUGGUGGAGACCAGCUCCGCCUCUCCGCAUGUCACCCAUAUCACCAUUCGCCGCUCGCGGAUGUUAGAGGAUGGUUACGACCAGCUCCGCCGGUUGCCCGUCAACUCCAUCAAAGGUGUGAUCCGCGUGAAGUUUGUCAAUGACCUGGGUGUGGACGAGGCCGGCAUCGACCAGGACGGCGUCUUCAAGGAGUUCCUGGAAGAGAUCAUCAAGAAAGUCUUCAAUCCGGCACUCAACCUCUUUAAGACCACCAGUGGCAACGAGAGACUGUACCCCUCCCCUACGUCCUACAUCCACGAGAACCACCUGCAGCUCUUUGAGUUUGUGGGGAAGAUGCUCGGCAAAGCCAUGUAUGAGGGUAUCGUGGUAGACGUACCCUUCGCCUCCUUCUUCCUCAGCCAGGUCAUGGGUCACCACCACAGCACCUUCUACAGCUCCAUCGACGAACUGCCCUCCCUGGACUCUGAGUUCUACAAGAACCUCACCUCCAUCAAGCGCUACGACGGGGAUGUUGGUGAUCUGGGACUGACGCUAUCGUAUGACGAGGAUGUUAUGGGACAGCUGGUCUGUCAUGAGCUGAUUCCUGGAGGAAAGACGAUGACAGUCACCAAUGAAAACAAGAUCAGCUACAUCCACCUGAUGGCGCACUUCCGCAUGCACACGCAGAUAAAAGAGCAAACGGCAGCUUUCAUCCGAGGGUUCCGCAGCAUCAUCAACCCGGAGUGGCUGCACAUGUUCUCCACUCCCGAGGUCCAGCGCCUCGUCUCCGGGGACAACGCCGAGAUAGACUUGGACGACCUCAAGAAACACACAGUGUACUAUGGAGGUUUCCACAGCAGCCAUCGGGUCAUCAUCUGGCUGUGGGACAUCCUGUCCAGUGACUUCUCCUCUGAGGAAAGGGCCAUGUUCCUCAAGUUUGUCACCAGCUGUUCAAGACCACCCCUCCUGGGUUUUGCCUACCUCAAGCCCCCUUUCUCCAUUCGCUGUGUGGAGGUGUCCGACGAUCAGGACACAGGGGACACCCUGGGCAGUGUCCUGCGGGGUUUCUUCACCAUCCGGAAGAAGGAGCCUGGCGGUCGCCUCCCCACCUCGUCCACCUGCUUCAACCUGCUCAAGCUGCCAAACUACAGCAAGAAGAGCAUCCUGCGUGACAAGCUCCGCUACGCCAUCAGUAUGAACACAGGUUUUGAGCUCUCCUAAAACAAACUCCCCCUGCUUGUGGUCUGCUGCCUGCAAAACUAAAGGACAAACAACUAAAGAGCGUCCUCCUUACCCAGGCUAGGGGCGGCAGCCGGUCAAGUCAGUGGAAAUUCACCAAAGCUGAAGGCGAAACAAAUCCUUUAUCCCAGCCUAGGAAACCAGAAGAGCUCCACCUUCUUUUACUCCAAUCAGUCUGGAUUCUGGAAACACUCACCCCCAAGGGCUCUGAAGCCUAUUUGUUGCCUGUGCAACCAUGUUAACUUAUUUUCUGACCAGUGGCAGUCAUUGCCUAUGCGAGUUUAUUUUACUUUUUUAUAGACAAGUAGCUAAAGAAACUGUGGGAGCAGCACAAUUGGAACGGUCACGCUCUACUCUAACACUCCAGAAAACCAACCCCAUGCUAAUAAUCAUAACAAGGAGGAAUGUGUAACCUAACACAUUGCUGAACUAAAAUGGCUCCAUGUCUUACUAUUUCUUCUCAGGCUUAACAGAACGAUACUUGGAUCUAGCACUCCCACGUCAAACGAACUGGAAAGCAAUAUAGAUGCAAUGCAAGCCAUUACACGCGAUAGACUCCUCACUGGAGCAAAAUCAUAGGAAGCUUUGUUCUACCUGUUGGAAUAGGAUGUUAUCCAAGCAACUUUCCGCUGUCAUUCGGUGAGUCUUAAUAACCUUGUUGAACAUGACGAAAGCACCUUUUUAUAAAGAGACGACAAAGCACUGCCUCAUGUUCAACAACAAGUUCUGACCACGGAGAUGUGGUCACGUGUUGACGCCUGUUUCAUAUCUGUAUAUUGUCCUGACGAUCUGUCUCUCUCUCCUCAUACACACACUACAGUCAGUCACCUGACAAAAGCUUUGGAGCCUGUAUGUCUCUGUUCUCUAAUGUAUUCAAAUUAGAAUUCAUGUUACACAACAAUGCAUUUGUGACCCAAAGUGAUGCCAUCAAUACUUUCACUAAACUCCAUGCUGUUAUUUGAUACCAGAUGUUCCGUUAUCUUCUGUCAUGGUUCCGGAUUCUCUUUUCUUGUUGCAUUUGAAAAUGGAUAAUACAGUGGCUCUGGAAGGUUUUA